UAAAAAAAAUCGCCACCCAUUUACAAAAUCCAUCUUCUUUCCUUCACCGUCGGGCUUCUUCUUCCUCCGUUCUCUUUUUCUUUCCUUUCUUUUUUCCCCUUCAAUUUUUUUUUUCUUUUGCUCCUCAGCAUUGUUGGUUGUGCUGGACCUCCCCCUCCGCUCGCGGACGACCACAUGACGGCGGGGAACAGUCGGCGAACAGAAACGACCGGCGACAAGCACAGCCCUGUAAGAACCGCAUAACGUUAGGAAAUCGAAGUUAAGACGGUGAGAGGAUGAAUGCGGGCAACAUCAACUCGGUGUUUUAUGCCGAGUCCUACCACCCGAUUCAAGCCGGGAGCAUCGAUGGGACUGACAUACUUCCUCAUGACAAUGCGGUUUAUAGAGCUGUGCUCUGUUCUUCCGCCGGGCUCUAUGACCCAUUUGGCGAUCCCAAGGUAAUCGGGGACCCUUACUGCACUUUGUUCGUUGGAAGGCUUUCGCAUCUAACCGAUGAAGAAUCUCUUCGAAAGGCCAUGAGCAAGUAUGGGAGGGUGAAGAACUUGCGGUUGGUCCGACAUAUUGUAACUGGCGCCUCAUGUGGUUAUGCUUUUGUUGAAUAUGAAACUGAAAGAGAAAUGCGCUGUGCAUAUGAGGAUGCACACCAUUCUCUCAUUGAUGAUAGCGAAGUGAUUGUAGAUUAUAACAGGCAGCAACUAAUGCCUGGAUGGAUUCCACGACGGUUGGGAGGGGGCCUGGGAGGGAAAAAAGAGUCUGGUCAGCUUCGGUUUGGUGGUCGAGAGAGACCAUUUCGGGCUCCUUUGCGUCCAAUCCCCUAUGACGAUUUGAAAAGGCUUGGUAUUCCACCUCCUCCUGAGGGAAGAUAUAUGUCACGCUUCCAGAUUCCAUCACCCCCAAGACGGAAAAGCAGUAAUCUAAGCAGAGAGGGUUCAUCAUCAAGGCAUAGAAAAUCUGCGGACAGGGAAGAGCCUUCAAGACGAAGAAGCAGUCACAUGAGCAGUGAAUACCCGCUUUCAAGGCACAGAAAAUCUGAGGAGAGGGAAGAGUCUUCUAGAUCAAGAAGCAGCUACACUAGGAGAGAGGAUUCAAGUUCAAGGCAUAGAAAAUCCGAGGCGAUGGAAGAGCCUUUGAGAUGGAGAAGCAGCCAUAUAAGCAGAGAGGAUUCGUCUUCAAGCCACAGGAAGUCUGAGGAAAGAGAAGAGCCUUCGAGAUGGAGAAGUAGCCAUAUAAGCAGAGAGGAUUCAUUUUCAGGCCACAGGAUGUCUGAGGAGAGAGAAGAGCCUUCGAGAUGGGGAAGCAGCCAUACAAGCAGAGAUGAUGCAUCUUCAAGGUACAGGAGAGAUGAAGAUGGGGAAGAUCGUAGUCAUAGGGUAAGAAGCCCAUCUGAGAGGGAUGAGGCAUCUCACAAGCGCCAUAGACAUCAUAGCAAACAUUCUCAUCGACAUAAUAAGACGUCAGCUACUGAAGAGUACAACCCACAUUAGAGAAAACAGCCUUUAGAUGUUCGUCACAUAAGCAGAAUGCUCCUUUAACCCCCAGGCUACAGAAUCUUCCCUCGUUCUCCCAUCAUCGUGAAAGAGUCAGAGACUGAAGAACUCGUUAAAAUGAAUCAAGCGUUAAAUCAGCAGUUUUGGAAGUAUAUACUUGAAGGAUGAGCUGAAGAUAUGUAAUUUGAUGUUUGUAACCUAGGUUCUACCUAGCCAAUAUUUUAACCGCUGUUACUGGGUUUAGCCUACAUCAUAUAGCAGAGGAUGUUAGUAAAGAGAAUAAUGUUAUUGACAAAACGAUAGAUUCUAUUUCUGCUACUUUUAAACAACAAUGACUGCUUGUUUGGCUAGAAAGGCAACUUUCUAAAAUGAUAACGUUACGACU